UUCCGGGUCUCUGAGGUCGCGGCCCGCGGCGCCGAUGUAGGUGCUCGCCGGUGUCCGGUCUAUGGAGUCAGUUGGUGCGGGAGUCGGCGCGGAGGCAGGAGGUGGUGUCCGAGUUGGGGCCUCUGCGCCUCCAGGAUGUUACCGGGCUUGGCCGCCGCCGCAGCCCACAGAUGUAGCCGGUCUUCCCUGGGCCGGCUGCCUUUGCGCUGCUGGGCUGCGGCCCGUGGCUCGGGAGACCGCCAGGGAUUGCAGAAUUUAGUGACAUUUGGAAGCCUUUCAUACAUGGAUCCCUAUAGUCACCCACAAAUUUGUACACUCAGUCAAGUAAAGUUGUAUUCUACACAUGUCCAGAAAGAAGGACAGGGAUUACAAACUCUCAAAGUUGAAAAAAUACCACCAUUUGAUGAAACAGCAGAAAAUAUAGGUGCAGAACUCAAAGCUCCACUUAAGCAAGAACCUCUCCAAGUAAGAGUCAAAGCAGUCCUUAAGAAAAGAGAGUAUGGAUCAAAAUAUACUCAGAAUAAUUUCAUCACUGGAGUGAGAGCAAUAAAUGAGUUCUGCCUUAAAUCCAGUGAUCUAGAUCAGCUUCGGAAAAUCAGACGACGAAGUCCCCAUGAAGAUACUGAGUCCUUUACUGUGUACUUGAGAUCAGAUGUGGAGGCAAAGUCUUUGGAAGUUUGGGGAAGCCCUGAAGCUCUUGCCAGAGAGAAGAAACUCCGUAAGGAGGCAGAAAUUGAAUAUAGAGAACGGCUGUUUAGAAAUCAAAAAAUAUUGAAAGAAUAUAGAGAUUUCUUGGGAAACACUAAGCCACGUUCGAGAACAUCAGUGUUUCUUAAGGGACCAGGAAAAGUAGUGAUGGUUGCCAUUUGUAUCAAUGGUUUAAACUGUUUCUUUAAAUUUCUUGCUUGGAUUUAUACGGGUUCAGCAAGUAUGUUCUCAGAAGCUAUACACUCAUUAUCAGAUACUUGUAAUCAGGGUUUACUAGCAUUGGGCAUCAGUAAGUCUGUUCAAACACCAGAUCCUACACAUCCGUAUGGAUUUUCAAAUAUGCGGUAUAUUUCUUCACUCAUUAGUGGUGUUGGUAUUUUCAUGAUGGGUGCAGGACUGUCUUGGUACCAUGGAGUCAUGGGACUACUUCACCCUCAGCCAAUGGAAUCACUUCUAUGGGCUUAUUGCAUAUUAGCAGGGUCAUUGGUAUCUGAAGGAGCAACACUUCUUGUUGCCAUAAAUGAACUUCGUAGGAGUGCUCAGGCCAAAGGACUGUCAUUUUAUAAGUAUGUAAUGGAGAGUCGAGAUCCUAGUACAAAUGUUGUGUUAUUGGAGGACACAGCAGCAGUCUUGGGAGUAAUAAUAGCAGCUUCUUGCAUGGGCCUUACUUCUGUAACAGGCAAUCCACUGUAUGACAGCCUAGGUUCUUUGGGUGUCGGCACCUUGUUAGGCGUGGUCUCAGCAUUCCUCAUCUACACUAACACAGAAGCACUUUUGGGACGAUCCAUCCAACCAGAACAAGUACAGUGUCUUACUGAAUUCCUGGAGAAUGACCCAUCAGUAAGGGCAAUCCAUGAUGUUAAAGCCACAGAUAUGGGAUUAGGCAAAGUAAGAUUUAAGGCAGAAGUUGAUUUUGAUGGACGAGUUGUUACAAGAUCCUAUUUGGAAAAACAAGAUUUUGACCAGUUGCUGCAAGAAAUUCAAGAAGUGAAAACUCCUGAAGAACUAGAGACUUUUAUGCUUAAACAUGGAGAAAAUAUUAUUGAUACUUUAGGAGCUGAAGUGGAUAGACUUGAGAAGGAAUUGAAAAAACGAAAUCCUGAAAUUCGGCAUGUAGAUUUGGAAAUACUAUGAAUCACCUCGGUGGGCUCUAGAGACACACUCAUGGAGCCACUUCCUACUUCUUUCCACACUGAAGGAGAGUCAGCACCAUUGGGAAGUCUUUUUUUUCAAGAUGGAGGAAAUAUUUUAUGUAACAAGCAGUUGAAUAGGCCACAGAACUAAAACUCUUCUUCUAAUCAUGUUUCUAUGCUUCAAUAGAGAACAUUUUGGUUGAAUUGUUCACAAUUUCUUGUUUAACAAGUGUAUAUUCUAACUUGCAAUCGUGUUUCCUUUCUUUAUAGUGGUAGAAGUACGUGGAUUCCACAGAACUACAACAUUUAAAUUUUGUUUCUAUUAAAGAUUUCACUGUACAGGCUUUGCCAGUAAUCUUAACUAUUCUGGCUACAUUUUGGUAUAUGGUUUUUAAAUAGUCAAUGUGUUUUUUAGGUCUGGCCUGCCUUAUCCAAUGUGGAAAUUAUUUCUGCCUACUAUGUAAUUUUGGCCUGAGCACUGAAAGUUGUACUUUCCUAUCCAAAUGUUCAUUCCAGAAAUGGCUUAGUUACUGAAUUGAGUGAAGAUGUUUCAUUAUCCUCUUUUCUUCUAAAUCACAGUAGUUACCGUUUUGUAAUUUUUUUUCUCUUUUUUCCCCUCUUAUUUGGUUCAUUUUUCUAAUGGUAAGAGACAUAAAGUAACCUUGGAUAUUUCUGUGGGUCAGUGCAACAUCUGACCCUUCUUUCCUCCUCUUCCUUUUUUCUUCCUUAUUCCCUCC